UCUACCCACAACCACCGCCUCCGCCGCCGCUCGCCUCCAACCUUCCCUGCUAUCCUCCCGCCCUCCCCUGAGGAUCGCCGGCAGCCACAUACUUUUUGGCCAAGAACUCGAUCGUCGGCAAUCUUUCACCAAGAAUGGGGACGAGAUGGCACGCCUUCGCCGCGGUCGGCGCGGCCUGCGCGGCCGCCGUCGCCGUCGCCGCCGCCGACAGGGGUUUCCCGUUCGCGGAGGCCGCGGUGGCGGCGCCGGUGGAAGCGAGCUACCUGCGGAAGGUGGCCAGCUUCCUGUGGAGCGGCGAGACCGCUUAUCAGCACGUGUGGCCGCCGAUGGAACUUGGUUGGCAAAUUAUUCUGGGGACAUUAAUCGGAUUCUUUGGAGCAGCAUUUGGGAGUGUAGGAGGAGUAGGUGGUGGUGGGAUCUUCGUGCCGAUGCUCACCUUGAUCAUUGGGUUCGACGCGAAGUCGUCGACGGCGAUAUCGAAAUGUAUGAUAAUGGGGGCAGCUGUUUCAACUGUGUACUACAACCUCAAACUGAAGCACCCAACUUUGGACAUGCCAAUUAUUGACUAUGAUCUAGCUGUGCUUAUUCAGCCGAUGCUAAUGUUAGGGAUCAGCAUUGGUGUUAUUUUCAAUGUCAUAUUUCCUGAUUGGCUGGUUACGGUUCUCUUGAUCAUCCUUUUCCUAGGCACUUCAAUUAAAGCUUUUCUGAGGGGUAUUGACACGUGGAAGAAAGAGACAAUAUUGCAAAGGGAAGCAGCAAAGCGACUGGAGCACACAAGUGAAGAACCGGAGUAUACUCCACUCCCAACAGGACCAGCUGCAACAGCCGAGUCAAAAAAACCAUCAGAUGAAGCAGAAUCCAUUUGGCAGAAUGUUUACUGGAAGGAGUUUGGACUUCUUGCCUUUGUUUGGGUAGCAUUCCUCGUGCUUCAGGUCACUAAGAAUUACAUGCCAACUUGCUCCACAUGGUACUGGGUUUUGAACAUUCUACAGAUCCCGGUGUCAAUUGGGGUGACCAUGUAUGAAGGGCUGGGCUUGAUGCAAGGGAGGAGGGUCAUAUCAUCAAAAGGAACUGAACAAACCAAUCUGAAAUUUCAUCAGCUACUGGUAUACUGCUUUUUCGGGAUGAUGGCUGGUGUUGUCGGUGGUCUGCUUGGUCUUGGCGGCGGCUUCAUCAUGGGGCCUCUGUUCUUGGAGCUUGGAAUCCCCCCACAGGUCUCAAGUGCCACAGCUACCUUUGCAAUGAUGUUCUCAUCUUCCAUGUCUGUCGUUGAAUACUACCUCUUGAACCGGUUCCCUGUGCCAUAUGCUCUUUUCUUCACCGUCACAGCGUUCUUCGCCGCGAUUGUCGGACAGCAUGUUGUGAGAAAGCUGAUCAACUGGUUAGGGCGGGCAUCACUCAUUAUCUUCAUACUGUCCUUCAUGAUCUUCGUCAGUGCAAUCUCACUUGGUGGAGUUGGCAUCUCCAACAUGGUUGGCAAGAUUUCGCGCCACGAGUACAUGGGUUUCGACAACAUUUGCAACUAUGAUGUAUAAGAGGCAGGCUCCCAGGGGCCAAUAUAUUUGCAGUUCAGUGAAUAGAAGACUGUGAUCUGGACUUUUCAGCUGUCUUCAAAUUGCUUGCAGCAAUUAUAGAUUGAAGCAUAGGGGCAUCAUGCCGAUCAAAUUUUCGCCCUGCGAUUCGAGAUAUUUGUUGUCGCACGACAUGUCGGAGGGGACAAAUUAUAUCCAUUCUUGAAAUUGUAAUUUUAGUAGUCUUUUGUGGGGUUCAAACAUAAGCAGUCGGUAAGCUCUGGAGAGAAUGUCAAGAGCAGGUCAAUUUAUUUAUUAUUCAUUUUUACUGGUUUCA